AUGGGCAUUACAACUACCACGUAUAGCACCUUCACCAAGAGGGGAAUCGCCAAGCGUCGCAGCCCUCAUCGCGGCUCGCUCAAGGUCAGACGGCUUCGGAGCAGGGACCGAUUCUUUUGGCUAUCCGCCUCCGACGGUGUCUCCCGUCUCGUAAACGCCAACAACAGCGUCCCGGAGCAGGUCAACGACUAUACUUUCGCUCCUUCCAAGUUCCGGCAUGAGCCCUACCCCAUUACCUUGCCAGUCGGCCGUGUCUGGCCACCCCGUCAAAUCGACGAUCUCGUUGGUGCCAUCGGCUCUGAACAUACUGACUGCGUCGGCGAUACAUGCUACAACGGCAACAUCUGCGAGGACCUGGACUGUACACACACGCUCUCCGACUGGAGAACCGCCACCUCAGACUGGGAAACGUACUUCGAGCUGCGGAUGACGGAACACCGGGGCGUCGGCGUGUAUACCAAGCGCGCCUUCCGCCAAGGGACUAUAUUGGGCUGGUACUCUGGCGAGCUCAGAACGCUUUCCUCUAUGGAAUACAACACGAACGCCUAUCUCAUGGAGAUUGAGAUUGGCGAUCUCGGAUCCAAUACGCCAGUCGAGUCGGUUCCAACUGUUUUCAUUGAUGGUGAGCAGAAGGGGAACUGGACGCGGUUCAUCAACCAUUCUUGCGCUGCCGAUUGUGUGUUUCGCAUCAUGCGCGUAGGGAGCACGAGGAUAAUGGCAGUACAAGCGGUCCGAGAUAUACCGAGGGGAAAGGAGUUGAGUGUUGAUUAUGGGCAGGAGUACUAUGGGUUGACGACGCUGAAGAUCUGUGCUUGCGGAGUGCCCGGCUGCGUUUCGCGGAAGAGGGCAAGAAUUGGGAAUGUCAAGAGAUGUAAGCGGGUUGCCCCGCCAGUAUUUGUCUAG